UGUAUAUUAAUCUAAAAACUAUUUGUUUAGUAGAAAUUAUUGUUCUUAUUGUAAUGGGUCAUGAAAUUAAAUUAUGAAUAUGAGACACUGAUUUGACAAAUAGUAGAAUGUUUGUUUGGGAGAACAUGCUGAUUUGAGGGGAGAACAUGCUGAUUUGAGGGGAGAACCCACAUGACAAAGUUUUCAUCGCUGUUCAGAAAACAGCCAAUUUCUCACUCGACCAUUCCCAUUUUGGAUCAUUCAUGUUUGCUUUUAACAAACGACUGAGCGAUGGCACAGCAGCCUCCAACACAGUGCUGCAAGAAGCUGGAUCAAAAGGGUCGUGAGCAAGAGGGAAGCUCGUAAAAGUUCAAAAUCAUUCUGUGGUGGGAACUGGAGGCGGUGCGGCGCUCUUUUCUACUGGAGGGUUAUCCACUCACGUGGGGUUUCGGUCUAUUGUUGAAAGGUUUGGUUCCACUUUGGUUGGCUUUCCCAAAUUUCGCUUUUCUUCCUUUCUUCUCAUUAUCACCCAACAACUCUAAUUCCUAGUUCAAACUCUGAUUACCUCAAUACUCAACAAAACCUAGAUCGUCUCUCUCUCUCUUUUUCUUCCUCUGUGCUUCUCCUCCAGCUACUAGGCCAUGCUGCUGCUAUUUUGACGGGUCAUUGAGAAUUUCUCGUUUCAGCUUCUUUCUUUUGCUUAUGGGCAUGGAACUGAGGAAGGAAAAGCUUGUUAGGUUUUAUUCUGAUCACAAAAAAUAUAAGAAAUCUGCCAUUGGGAACAACAAUGAAGCAGGGCAACUUGAGAAGUCAUCAUCGAAAUACUACAUUCCGUCGUCGACAUUCUUAAUACCUGACAACGGAUUAGGGGCAAGCAAAAGUAAAUCUGCUGAAACCUUUAGAACCGAGAAGUCCAAAGUGUUUCCGGAGGACCAUGAACCAUGGAGCAGAAGAAUACUAGACCCUGGCAGAAAAAUUGUUCUGAAAUGGAACCGGGUGUUCAUUUGCUCAUGUUUAUUGGCACUCUUUGUUGACCCGCUGUACCUUUACUUGCCAUCUUUGGCUGGGAAUAGGAAAUCCUCAUGUGUGAGGACAGACUGGAAAUUGCGAAUUGUUGUGACCUGUUUCCGGACUGUUGCAGAUUUUUUCUAUCUUCUGCACAUGAUUAUCAAGUUCAGAACAGCUUAUGUUGCUCCUAGCUCUCGAGUUUUUGGGAGAGGUGAGCUUGUGAUGGAUUCGAAGAUGAUAGCAAAGAGGUAUCUUAGAUCUGACUUUUUUGUCGAUCUAAUUGCCACGUUGCCUCUCCCUCAGAUUGUCAUCUGGUUUAUCAUACCCGCAACAAGAAGUCGUCUAACUGAUCAUAAAAACAAUGCGCUUGCGCUUAUUGUUCUGCUUCAAUAUAUUCCAAGAUUGUAUUUGAUUUUCCCUCUAAGUUCAGAGAUAAUCAAAGCGAAUGGAGUUGUUACAAAAACUGCUUGGGCAGGAGCUGCUUAUAAUCUUCUACUCUAUAUGUUGGCUAGCCACGUUCUAGGUGCUACAUGGUAUUUGCUGUCAGUUGAUAGAUAUACAUCAUGCUGGAAAUCAUUAUGUAGGAAGAAGGAAUAUAAUCCACUAGAAUGCAAUCCAACUUUUUUUGAUUGCGAUACACUUAACCUUAAUGACCGCAAUACAUGGGCAAAUAGUACCCUUGUUUUCGACAAAUGUGGCCCUAGUGGAAUUUUCAAGUAUGGCAUUUUUGGGAAUGCAAUGUCAAAGAAUGUUGUCUCUUCAAGCUUUGUUGAAAAGUAUUUCUAUUGUUUGUGGUGGGGCUUGCAAAACCUGAGUUCAUAUGGACAGAAUUUGGAAACAACCACUUUCAUUGGUGAGACACUGUUCGCUGUGCUUAUAGCCAUCUUAGGCCUUGUAUUAUUUGCCCAUCUGAUUGGGAAUAUGCAGACGUAUCUGCAAUCCCUCACUGUGAGACUUGAAGAAUGGAGACUAAAACGAAGAGACACUGAAGAGUGGAUGAGACAUCGUCAACUCCCUGAAGACUUGAAGCGACGUGUUCGACGUUUUGUACAAUAUAAGUGGGUGGCAACUCGAGGAGUUGAUGAAGAAGCCAUCUUACAGAGCUUACCGGCUGAUCUUCGACGUGAUAUUCAGUGCCACCUAUGUCUAGAUCUUGUCCGACGAGUCCCUUUCUUCUCACAGAUGGAUGAUCAGCUACUAGAUGCAAUAUGUGAACGUCUGAUAUCCUCCUUGAGCACUGAGGGUACCUAUAUAGUACGAGAGGGUGACCCAGUAACCGAGAUGCUGUUCGUUAUCCGAGGCAGAUUGGAGAGUUCUACUACAAAUGGAGGUCGCUCUGGUUUCUUCAACUCCAUAACGUUGCGUCCUGGAGACUUUUGUGGGGAGGAACUACUUUCUUGGGCGUUGCACCCAAAAUCCACCACCAACUUGCCCUCCUCAACUAGAACAGUCAGAGCGCUCAAUGAAGUUGAAGCUUUUGCACUCCGUGCUGAAGAUCUUAAAUUUGUAGCCAACCAAUUUAGACGUCUGCACAGUAAAAAGUUGCAGCACACAUUCCGCUUUUACUCUCAUCAUUGGAGAACAUGGGCAGCUUGCUUUAUUCAAGCUGCUUGGCGUCGCCAUAAGAAAAGGAUGAUGGCAAAAGAUCUCUUAAUGAGGGAAUCGUUUAUAUUAUCUGAAGAAGUGGCUAGUGAAACUGGCCAAGGAGGAGGGGAACAAUUUUGUGUUGUUUCAAAUCCUUCUCAGACAAAAAUGAAUCUGGAUGUUACCUUACUGGCUUCAAGGUUUGCUGCAAACGCAAGGAGAGGCGCCCAGAAAAUGAAAGAUGACAUGCCAAAGCUGCAGAAGCCUGAUGAACCCGACUUUUCCAUUGAGCCAGAUAGAUAACAGUUUCCAGUAGUGUCAAAGGCUAUAUUUCUCUAUUAGAAGGAUGAAGUCCAUUUCAGAUGUGCAUCCCUUUUCUGUCGUCUGGCAUUUCAGACCUUACAGGGACCUGUCUAUUUCUGUAUAGUUUUAUCAAUUACCAGGAACGCAACAUCACAAACUGUGUAUUAGUGUCAUAACCAGUAAGUUGGUCUCAUUACAAUAUGUUUUAACUCUUAAUAGACAGUAACUGAGUUCGUAGGAUGGUUAAACGAGCUGCUGCAAGCUGCAAGCUAUACUUCACCAGACUGUAGACAGAACCUCAGCCACACUUGUGUUCAGACGGUGCAGACAGCAAUCCAACUUGCGACCAUGGACAAUCCAACUUGCGACUAUGGACAACACGCUUUGAAUAACACGUUUUGGAUGAGGGUUACCACUGGGCUAGAUAUUUUAUGAUCAGUGACAUAUAUUAAAUAACACAUACUUGUCCUUUUUUAGAACUUUCGGACUUCUCCCUUAUCCCUAAUUUUGAUUUCCA